CUGCGAUUACAAAUAGGACAUUACCGGUCGAGAUUGCUUUAUUAAAAGUAGUGUUUUUUAUUCUUGUAGUAUACAGAAAUGAUGAGUGACUCCCUUUGGCUCUGAAACUGAUUUGUGUGAUGUGUGAAGGUGCGUUUGCGUUCACUUCCAGACAUGUCAAAAUGAAAUCGGUAGAUUUUUGAACAGUGUUAGUUUUUAAAGAACGGCCUGGCGAUAGAUACCUCGGACGUUCCCUGUCAACUAACGGUAAGAGCGGUCAGUCACCUCAGCGUCAUGGAUGACCUGACGACGACAACACCUGACUUCUUCGACCGGUUCCUGCAUCAUCCCAGCUCUGUUGGAUAGGACGGCUCUCCCACACUUUACGAUUGGCUAAGGGCUGUUGUUCCACCCUGAGCCUGCCACGUCCUCAUCCUCCAAAGACCACAUACAACCUGUGACUGGACGGUGCCAGCCCCACAGAAAGCCUCUGCCAGCGCCCUUUAACAGAAAGAGACAAUGUAUUGCCUACAGUGGCUGCUCCCUGUGCUGCUCAUCCCCAAACCGCUCAACCCAGCGCUGUGGUUCAACCACUCCAUGUUCAUGGGCUUCUACUUGCUCAGCUUCCUGCUGGAGAGGAAGCCCUGCACCAUCUGUGCCUUGGUCUUCCUGGCUGCCCUUUUCCUCAUCUGCUAUAGUUGUUGGGGCAACUGCUUCCUGUAUCACUGCCAGGACGCCGCACUGCCGGACGCUGCCCACGACCCAGCGAUUGUCGGGACCUAGGAGGGAAAGAGGGGGAGAGAUAUCGGAGAGGGGGAAGGGGGGAAGGCGUGAAGAGUGAUGAGGCAUUGCAGGGGAAUUACUGUAGAAUGAUACUGCCAUCUUGUAAGAGGGGACAGACUACACUUUGGGGUGGGAGAACAGUGAAGAGGCAGCUCUGAAAGAAUGCUGGAGGGUUGUACCGCCAAGAAUACAGACAGUACUCAGCCAGAGGCAGUACUGAAGAGGACGAGAACCAGUUUUGGGGGGUUAUGGGGGUUGGUUUGACAUGCUGUAAAGAAAAACAGACUUAAAUUUGAGGUGGUAGGAGGAGAGGAGGGGGAAGCCAUACAGGAGGAGACAUUACGUGAACUUUUAUGCAAGAGGCAGAAAGCGAGGCAUCGAAACUUGAAGUGCUAAGAGAAGGACACGUGUGAACAUGCGGAGAGAAGAAUUUCACUUUCAGCAGCUUUCAUUCCAGCAUUUGAAUGAAAACUAGACAAUAACUACAGCACGUGUGACGUCAGCCUAACGUGACCACUGUGUUUCAGUAUUCUGGUUCCUUUCUCUCCGACUGACCUGUUUACUUCAACAAGAGAGAGUCACCUUCUCCAAAAACCUGCUGGGUCGAUCUCAGACUGCCAAAAUUCACCUAAUCCCACUGAAAUCUCCAGACAGAGCUUGGACGUUUGACGUUUGACUGGCAGCCGUGCUCGCUCCUCAGUCCUUACAGCUGUUUACAAACCUGCCAGGUAGUGUUAAAGAAGAGCUGGCACCUUUAUACAUUUGCCCCCCCCCCCCCCCCCCACCCCGGGCAACCUGCCUUUCACAGUCCAACUUCACCAAACUCUGUCGCUACUUUGGCUCCGCACAUGUAAUGCUACCCUUCACCAGGAGAGCACACUAACACUGGACAAUCAGUAACUACGCUGUGAAAAUUCCCCCUUUGCUUCAUCACCACAUACGCACACACGCAUACACACACACACACACGCACACACACACACACACACACACACACACCUCAAAACGUGUAAUAAUGAGAAACUGCCCCAUUGUCAUUACCCACUGUGCUCUGCAGUCGUCUCUCUCCUCGUCUUCCUCUUCUCCUCUUCCUCCUCCCGCCUCGGAGUGAACGUCAGCUACGGCCAGAUUCACGAUCUGAUCUUUUUUUUUUUUUCUUUUUUGCUGUUUUGUUUUUUUUUUUCCUUGUGCAUGGGUUGCCGUUUUUUUUUUUCAUGCAUUAAGUUCACACAGAUUUUAGUGAAUUUAAACAAAAUGCUGAAAGUUUCCAAAGGGUAGAAAAAUCUGGGUGUGUGUGUGCGUCUGUGUGUGUGUAGGGUGAAUGAAAGAUUUGUCUUACGUGCGAUAGGUGUGUAUUUUUUGUGUUCAUGACAUGCGGAUAAGUGUAAAAACGUGGUGAUACACAAGGAAACAAACAGCAGAUGGUCAGUUUUUCCAGCAACAAUAAGCAAUACAGAGCGCUGGCUGAGGAAAUGGCAUCAAGUUUUCAUUGACAGGACGUUUACUGGUAAAGAAAAGGGCAGAAGAUUCCUUAUGUAUCACUGCUGUUAGUGUUUAGCUGUCAGACGCAGGCUGAGGUGUUUAUACUGUGUACCUAUUGCCGUGUGUGUGUGUGCGUGCGCGUGUGUGUGCGUGACCUUCUGUUGCAGUGAUCAACAUGCUCGCUGCUACAUGAUUGCUUUGGUUUUAAUUUAAAUAAAGUUUUUCCUCUCAACGUG